UGCAUUGUGGGAUUGGACGCUAUUGACAUAGCGACAGGAGAGCUGGUAGAGAAACAGUCUUUUUCCUAUUUUUUUAUCAAUAUUUUUGGGGAAAUUAUCAUUCCAACAACUGCUAUGAACGCGUCAGUGGCUAAAAAGACCCAAGACACUUUGGGGAAAGUGAUAAAGAAACCGCCGCUUACUGAAAAACUGCUCACCAAACCGCCGUUUCGAUACCUGCACGACAUAUUCAGUGAGGUGAUCCGGACCACUGGCUUCAUGAAGGGACUCUAUGUAGAGACAGAGAUGAAGUCAGACAAUGUGAAGGAUAAGGAUGCUAAGAUGGCGUUCCUGCAGAAGGCCAUGGACGUGGUAAUGCUGGUGAGCGGCGAGCCCCUGUCGGCCAAGCCGGCACGCAUCGUAGCCGGCCACGAGCCCGAGAAGACCAAUGAGCUGCUGCAGGCUAUAGCCAAGUGCUGCCUCAACAAGCUGUCCAGUGAGGAGGCAGUGAAGCGGGUGCUGACGGGGGACAAGCUGGACCUCAAAGGGAAGGCCAGCACCUCCCGUUCCCAGGACAAGGAGAACCGGGAGGGACGAGAGCGCCACAGAGACCGAGAGGAGAGGAAGGAGAUACGAGAGCACAGCGUCGGUGGAGGCCGGGAGAAGGAGGACCCGGACCAGCCCAAAGAGCAGGAGGACAGGCGAGGCAACAAGGAGAAGGAGCUCCACCGCGAGGGAGAGCGGUCGGAGAAGGCCCGCGAACGAGACCGGACCAAAGACCGCGACAAGGACAAGAGCCGGGACCGAGAGAGGGACAAAGACAAGAGAAGAGAGAAAGACGGGGAACGAGACAAGGAGAGGGAGAAGGACAGAGGCGGAGAGAAGAGCAAAGACAAGGAAACACACAGACCGAGAGACCGAUAUAGGGAGGAAGAUGGAGACAGGGAUAAACGGCGAGAGAAGGGAGAAAGGGAGAAGGCGAGAGAGACCAGACACAAACAGGGGGAGGAGAAGACCAAAGUGCCAGAGAAAGGGGACAAAAAGGCCAGAGCGUCAGAGGAGUCAAAACACCGACCACAUCCAGAGGUGCCCAGUAAAACGACCAAACCUGAACCAGCGCUUCCACUGGAGCCUGUUGAUACAGCUGAUGAGGCCGCAGAAGUCACAGACAAGCAGUCUGACAGUCCAGCCAGAAUACCCCGGCCUUCAUCUGCUAAGGGGCAGAGGCGCAUGCCCAAAGCAGGAGCCCAACAAGAGUCUGACAGUGAAGGAGAUGGAGACACUCCGUUGGCAGAGAGGCCAGUCCCCCUGGAGAACGGCGAUGCCACAGACACAGUGCCAGCCCACAUGGCCCACAGCAACCGAAGGAUACCUCGGCCCAACAGCGCACGGCCCGCCCCUCCUCGGUUCAAGAGGCAGGAGAGCUAUGCUGACGUGACCCCGGCCGAACGGCUGACCAGUGCCAAGCCCCCGGCGGCUGUCAUAAUGGAGGGGAAGAAGCUCUCUGAGGAGGAGGAUGACGAUGAGCAGUUUGUGGUGCUGGAGGCUGCUCCUCCUCCCCCCGACAUGCCCGACAUGGAGAUGGAUCCUUCAGUGGGACUUCAAGGUGAUGAGAAGCAUGGUGGGCUGGUGAAAAAAAUCCUUGAAACCAAGAAAGACUUUGAAACAUCACCAUCAUCUCCAAAGUCCAAAGACCAGACACAAAGCCUGGUGUCGGAGGCGGCCAGGAAGAAGGAGAGGGAGCUGGUGUCCAGGGAGAUCGAACGGCUGCGCUCGUCCAUCCAGACGGUGUGCCGCAGCGCCCUGCCCCUGGGCAAGAUCAUGGACUACAUCCAGGAGGACAUGGACGCCAUGCAGAAUGAGCUGCACACCUGGAGGAGGGAGAACAAGGAGCAUGCGCAGGCCCUGCUGCAGGAACAGAGAGUGACGGACAACGCUGUGGAGCCUCUGAAGGCCGAGCUAGCCGAGCUGGAGCAGCUGAUCAAGGAGCAGCAGGACAAGAUCUGCGCUGUCAAGUCCAACGUCCUGAAGAACGAGGAUAAGAUCCAGAAGAUGGUGACCAACAUCAACUUCUCCUCGCGAACAUGAGGGGGAGCCAAGGUCCAAUAAAGGGGUUCGCUCCCUUAAAAAAAACAAGUGUUUGGCUGAGCCUGGGUUCUUACUUAGUCUGGUAACAUCCGAAAUGAUAGAGGAGGCCUCAACUGCACUUUCAUUCCUUGUCAUCAAUGUUCCCUCUAAACUUGGGCGUGUGCGUGGGCCCACACUUCCUCCAGGGCUGCAGUGCAGAAGAAAUGCCAUGCUGCGCAGAGACGCAAGAGAUUGGACUUCACUGAGUUCACCACAUUAGUUUGCACUAUAUAGAUCAAUGUUUUUUCUGUGAUCGAAUCAAUAUUAAAUCAGCCCCUUUUCAAUGCAACAAACCAAAACAAAUCUAACUUUGCAAGAUUGAGUCUGUGAUUUUGCUGUCGGCAGAGCCAGAGCGCAACGGAGUAGAAUUCUAUUGGCGGGGUAGCCCACUAGCGGUCUUUCAAUCACCCAUGAGUUAAUGCCUUUUCAGAUCAGUUCAGAUCAGAGCGCAGAGCGUGUGUACAUUUGUUGAUAUUCUUUGCUAGUUAGCGAGUUGUUAGCCCAGUUAUAGAUAAGUAUAGGUCAGCCAUGGGUUGUUACUGCUUCCUACAAGAGCACAAAACAUGUAGGAUACAUUUCAAGCUGUCUUUGAAAAGCCAGUCAGGUGAAAAGCUUACGUCUUAAUUAAAGGGGCGGUAUUGUAUUUUGAGACGGGCUUGAAUAUGCAAAUAAGCCAAUAUGCAGAGCGGUAGCCUACAUUGUCUAAUUCUCUGUGUGGUAAUAAUAAUUAGUUGUAUUUUAUAAAGUGUUUCUUGCAUCAUGCAACACAAUACAAUUCCAUUUACAAUCAUCUAUUUGGCCCAUGGUGUGAGAGACCAAGUAAAAAAUUAUAAAUUAAUAUCAAGCCUUUUAUAAUGUUUAUUUUAUUUUUUAAAUUUAAGUCUCAUGCAGGCCUGCAUUGAACGCCACAUAUAGGCUAUAUCAUUGAAAUCAAAAGCUAUUUCCAUGUGAAAAUGUUAUGGGAUUUGCUCCAUUGGUUUUGCUGGUAGGCCUACAUUAUUUUCAUUGGCUACUGUCAAACUGUAAGGGUACAGCCUCAGAGUUCAUUGUAAACGUGCACCGGAAGUUGCACAAAAUUCUCACAAUGUUCAAGUUUCCGCUCACAAAACCAAAAAUUUGCUCAGUUCCCCCAAACAAUGGAGGGAACGUUGGUUGUCAUGUCAUGAUGAGGGAAAAAACGCCCCGCUUUUAUCACCCCCUCUCUUUUCAUGGUGCCUUUGUGGAACAUACACACACAAACUAACUGACUGGUUAUGGAGAGGGUUUGUAUUCAACCCCCUAGGGAGAGAGAGACACUUGUGUUAAUUUGUUAGUGCUCCAUCCACUUUAUGGUGAUUGACAUACCUUUACAUGUUUUUAUUAGUUUCUCAUUUUUCGACAUUACAUACUGUUAUGCAUAGAAUAAGGCUUGACUUGAAUCUGUAUAUACAGUGCCAGUCAACUUUGGACACCUACUCAUUCAAGGGUUUUUUUUGUACUAUAUUCUACAUUGUAGAAUAGUAGUGAAGACAUCAAAAAUAUGAAAUAGCAAAUAUGGAAUCAUGUAGUAACCAGAAAAGUGUUUGCCGUGAUGAUAGCUUUGCACACUUUUGGCAUUCUCUCACCCAGCUUCAUGACGUAGUCACCUGGAAUGCAUUUAAAUGAACAGGUGUGCCUUGUUUAAAAGUUACUUUGUGGAAUUUCUUUCCUUGAUGCUUUUGAGCCCAUCAGUUGUGUUGUGACAAGGUAGGGGUGGUAAAAUAACAAGUCCAUAUUAUGGCAAGAACAGCUCAAAUAAGCAAAGCGAAAUGAAGGUCAGUCAAUCUGGAAAAUUUCAAGGUCUUUAAAAGUUUCUUUAAGUGCAGUCUCAAAAACCAUCAAGCGCUAUGAUGAAACUUGCUCUCAUGAGGACCACCACAGGAAAGGAAGACCCAGAGUUACCUCUGCUGCAGAGGAUAAGUUCAUUAGAGUUACCAGCCUCAGAAAUUACAGCCCAAAUAAAUGCUUCAGAGUUCAAGUACCAGACACAUCUCAACAUUAACUGUUCAGAGAAGACUGCGUGAAUCAGGCCUUCUAAUUUGACAGCCAUGUCUUUGUGAGACGCAGAGUAGGUAAAUGGAUGAUCUCCGCAUGUGUGGUUCCCACUGUGAUCCAUGGAGGAGGAGGUGUGAUAGUGCUUUGCUGGUGACACUGUCUGAUUUAUUUAGAAUUGAAGGCACACUUAACCAGCAUGUCUACCACAGCAUUCUGCAGCGAUAUCCCAUCUAGUUUGCGCUUAGUGGGACUAUCAUUUGUUAUUCAACAGGACAAUGACCCAACACAACUCCAGGCUGUGUAAGGACUACUUGACCAAGAAGGAGCGUGAUGGAGUGCUGCAUCAGAUGACCUCGCCUCCUUAAUCACCUGACCUCAACCAAAUUGGGAGGAGUUGGACCGCAGAGUGAAGGAAAGCAUCCAACAAGUGCUCAGCAUAUGUGGGAACUCCUUCAAGACUGUUGGAAAAACAUUCCAGGUGAAGCUAGUUUAGAGAAUGCAAAGAGUGUGCAAAGCUGUCAUCAAGGCAAAGGAUGGCUACUUUGAAGAAUCUCAAAUAUAAAAUAUAUUUUGAUUUGUUUUAACUUUUUUUGGGUUACUACAGGAUUCCAUAUGUUAUUUCAUAGUUUUGAUGUCUUCACUAUUCUACAA